GCAGACGACCCGGGGGGUGAGAGGCCUGCUGCUCGCCAGUCUUAGUCAGGAAAUCUAACUUCCGGGGCUGUACUCUGCGCUCCUUCCUACACCUGUUGAGAGGUCGCCUUGUCCAAACUCCACCAUUUCUGAGUUGCAUCAGUAUGACGGAUAUAAACAAAGAUGGUGGACAGUGUGUCUGCUGAGACCAGAAUAAAGGAGUUAUUAGAAGAGUCUCGUGGCUUCUCGUAUCCAGAUGAUACCAAUGGCAUUAAACGGCGUUAUAAAGACACUGCCUUAAUUUUGUUUAAGCAAUCCCACGAGGAGGAAAACCCCAAGAAUUAUCUUUCAUUUGGAACACGUAGGUCAUCUGCUGUUAGUCAGUAUGGUAACACUCCAAUCAUUGUUCGUCGAUCCCGUAGUUCAAAUGGUGAGCUUUCAACUGUAGUGGAACAGGUGCCCUCUAUACGGGGAAGGUCUUCAGUUAGUGACUAUACAUUGGUAGAAUCAAAGGGAAAGGAUGAUGAUGAUGAUGAUGAUACAGACACUGAAGAUGAGCUUGAAAGUAAAAAGUUUCAGAAAAGUGAAGAGACAGUAGAAGAAAAUGAAAGCAAAGAUUCCAAAAAUGAAAUUAGAUCGAAAGAUAAUAGCCUUCAGAUACAUGCAAAUGAAAUUUUGAUAAAAAAUAAAGCUGAAAACCAAGCAGAUUUAACACGAACACAAAAAAAUGACGAGACCAAUAAUGGACUACCGACUCAAGCUUGCGAGAACAGAAAAAGUUUCAGCCAUUAUGACUUGCCAAUACAGAGGAACAAGGAUCAUGAUGAAUUGGAGACUAAAAGUUGUGAAAAGGAAAUUGAAGAGAAGAAUGAAAGAAAAGUUGAAGAAAUUGAUCAUAAAGCAAAAUUAGAAAAUGGGAAAUUAGCAAACGAAAAUGAGGACCUUAGGAAAGUUUCUGAAAAGGAAGAAUUACCUAAAGUUGAACAUGACAAUAUAAAUGACACAAAAUGCCAUGAAAGUAAGAGCUGUCUUGUCUCGGAGGGCAAUAAAGGUAGCCAGAGUACAUUAUACUAUCAAGAGAGUGAUUCAAAAACCAAUACAUCUCAAGAUGUAAUUGAAAUUGCAAAGCCAGACUGCCCCGAUAUAGAUCACGAAGCUGUACUGAGAGCUUAUGUUCAACAGUCUGCUGCAAUAAAUAAGUCGCUACAGGAAGGGCUAAGUAAAUCUUGUUAUUCAGAUAGUUAUCAAGAAAAAUUACCUUCUGAUAAUAAAUAUGUUGAAUUAAAGAUAGUUGAAUCUGUGGAUAAGCCUCUAAACAGUGGUUUAGAUAAAGGUUGUAGUACAGUUACAAAAAAUGCUCUUACUACCGAUAUAUUGAAAUUUGGUGAGGAUGAUGAUGUAAUAUUUAUUGAUGCAAAUUCACCUUUGCUUGCGAGAACAAAGGCCAGAUGCGAAUCGUCCAUCGAUUCAAGUCAGGAAUUGCUGAAGACACAAGAUAAUGCAGAAAGUUGGUCAAUAAUAACUACACCCACUCCAAAACAUAAAGAUCAAAAUCUUUGCAGAUCUUCUCCUCCUUUAAUUGAAAGAUCUUCAAAGCCUGAGAGCCCUCAGUAUCUAAAAGGAGAUAGCGUAGAAGAUGUAAGUAAAUAUCUUGAGACAGAAAAUCACAGUGGGCUUCUUGAUCUGCCAAUGAGAUGUCCCACACCUCCAAAGAGAAGCCCCAGAAGAUCUCCUAGAGUGCCUAAAGAAAAUGACAGGAAUAGGCAGGGCUGUUCAUCUUUAGUUCUUCCUUCAGAUGAUAAGACAGAAGAAUCUUAUCCAAAGGGAACUAAAUCUGCAUCACCCACUUCAAACUCUAAGGAAGCAUCAAAAUUUUUCUCUUUCUCUCUCAAAGGAGAGAAGAGCAAAAGUUCUUCAUCUCUAAGUUCUAAAAAAGGCAAAGAUAGAGACAGAGUAUCUGCACCAAGAAUUGAGGGCAAAGGCCUUCCAACCCAGGCCUCUGGUGUUAUAAAUUCUGUCACUGAAACUGAUUCAAAAGUUGGUCAGCUUGAGACGUUUGGGAAAAGAGUUGGUGUUCGUAGUAUGGUAAUUGAUGGUACAAUUAAACGAAAUUUUAUUGUAAUCCAUCCAUCUGAUGACUCUGAAACAGUUGGACUUGCUCCAUUGUCCUCUGCUUCCAAUGGUAAAGAGAAUUCUGUGUAUACUUCAACAGCAUUAUUAAGCAUGAAAACCCACUUAUCUGAGCCGAAAAAAGAUAAUCUUGAAUCGGUGAAGAGAAUAUCUUGUAAAGCAGACCUAAAGGAAGAGCUGUCAGGUAUGUCUGUAAAUGAUGGCAUUUCUUUGAAUAUCGGGCAAAUGUCGAAAAGUUUAAGAAUUAAGAAGAAAAUUACUGGACGUAAAAUUGUGGGAAGCUCUCAGAGUUUAUCAAGUGAAUCGACAAGCUUUAGUUUUGCAGAUUCACAAGCAAUUUACAGGUCUUCACUUGUCUUGCCUGAUGUAGAUACCAGCUCUGUUGUUAAAUCUUCACAACACUUAAAUAAUAGCUCGUCUAGAACGGUAUCAAAACUUUGUGUAGUCAUGUGAAUGGUUUCAAACUUUUAUUUCUAUGGUACUGUUUAUUAAGCAAUACCAGUUCAGUGUACUUUUUAAGUAGCAUGUCAAAUAGCAAAAAAAUAUGUAUAUAUAAUAUAUAUUUAAGCAUUAAUGGUAAUGGUUGCCUAGCGGAUAUUGCUAUUUGAACUUAUUAGUAAAUAUUUGGUAUUAUUGCAAAGUUACAAACGACAAAAUGCAUUUUUUUUUUUUUGUGGUAGUUAAAACAUGAUUGUCACAAGGUAUUUCAAUUGUGAUCCUAGGUGUUGGGUCACAUCCAGGCAAACCAGUGAAAAAAAAAGUAAUUAUGAAGAUGAAACUUCCAAAUUGAUCUGAUGGAGUUGUCGAGUAUGGUCUAUAAAAAUAUUAUUUAUAAAUAUUAUGAUUUUUUUGUUUUGUUAAUAGAAUUUUUUUUCUUUAUUCACAAAGCUGUAAUUUUAUUGUCUUGUUCUUUUGCCUGUGUGAAUGAAUUUUAUUUUUUGUUUUAGAUGGGGUAUAUGGUAAUAAAAUGUUUAAUGAAAAAUGAGUGCAUGUUUGCAGGAAGUUUGAAAAUGUUCUAUGUUGAUAUUCUCAUUUAUUUGAUUUGCAAGCUAUGAUUUUUUCACGAGUCGUCGUGAGGAUAUAUUACAUGCCACCUUCACGGUUCGUAUAUAUUUAAUA